CCACCACCACCAAGCCCACCUCCCUAUCCUCCAGUAAUCGGACUGAGUGCAGCUUAGAGGCAGAGGUAUCGGAGUUAGUUCUGGUACACUGCACAGCACCAACAAACCAUUGAUCACCGCAUCGCACACCCCGAAGUCCCAAUAAUCUCGAUUGGUGCCGAUCACCUAAAGUUGUUAGACACACGUUUGUAAUUAACUCCUUCACGUGUUGGACGAAAAUCCCCUCCGUUACGAAGCUCUGGAAAAAAGCCCUUUCGCGUGCCAGUGGGUGGAGGAAAAAAACAUCACCAUCGUCGCGCACCUGCAUGUCCUUUCCAGUUGACUGCUCGGCCAAGCGAUCGGAAAGGAACCAUGUCAUCCUAUCUAUCCUUCCGGAAUUCUUUUGACGGAAGUAGGGUGCGGCAGUCUGGGGAGUGUGGAAAGGUCACUGGAGAACGGGUUGGUGGAGAAAAAGACCAGAACAACGUAAAAGCACCCACAGAGAUUGAAGUACCUUCGGUCCAAACACCACCUGAGCGGCCAGGUGAGAACAAUUCAGAAGUUUGGGCAUCGUACGUAUUCCCGCCGUCGUCAGCAGUCUGUUUCGCGUCGGAUGAUAAGAGAAACAAGAGAGAAAGUGGCGAUGUCCGAGCUCAAUACGGCAACGAUUUCAUCGAGCUGAAGAUUCACGAAGAUGGUUCAGGAAGAAAUUCUAGAUGCUUGGACAGAAUUACACCCAGGCUUAGCACUGGAAGAAAAUUGAACAACAUUAUAGAUACGGUGGCACAGUCCCAGCACUUUUUUGAAGCUCUGGACAAGAUGCGGGAACGGGCAGCAGAAUCAAGCAAGGACAGAGAGUCUGUGCCCAUCUUCAACAAGCGGCUGUUCUCAGCGCAUGGGUCCGUGGUCAUAACCUCCGAAGCCCGAAGACUGAUGGCCCGCAACGCCCGUCUGGGUCCUGGUGAAGACUACCCCCUGAUGGACAAAUCCGAACUCCACACCAUGCGAUGUGUGGUAGACGGCCUGCGUCUCAUCCACAGGGGCCAGGAUCAUAUCAAGGAUGCGUUGAGUCACGUGGUCACGCUGGAGUCGUACAGCCCGCACCAGUACAUCGUCAAGCGGCCCUACGAAACACAACUGUCCUGCUACUACAUCAUGCACGGUGCCGUCCAGGUUACUUACGACAUGGAUAUAACCGAAACACGCAGUGUGUUUCAACCAAACAUCAUCUACAACCACGGAGCUGGCGAGUUCUUGGGGUUACUGUCUGCUGACGGGCUUUCUGAUGACUUAUCUCCUCCUGCCACAGUUUAUACCACAGAGUCAUGUGAAUUCGUGAGAAUAGACAGACAAAAGUUCCACGAAGUAGUCGAGCGAAUAACAAAUGUUCAGAAGAAAGAAAAGCUUGCUUUCUUUUGCUCAUCCAAAAACGUGCUGUCUUCUCUUCCGCCAGAUGGCCUCGAAAAGGUCAUCGAACACGUUCACAAAAUGGAGUAUCCACCUAACAGACUUAUCCUGGAGCAAGGUCAUACCUCUGAGUACAUGUACUUUAUCCUAUCAGGCAGAUGCCAAAUUACUCGGGACGUGUAUAUUCCUGAGAUAGACAGACAGGUGUGCUUUUAUCUCGACUCCAGAGAGCAUGGCAACUUCUUUGGUGAAGAAUGCAUACUGGACCCAGAGGGACCCAGUACAUGCCAUGUUGCUACCAGCAUCCACACGAGGCUUCUUCUACUCCAUAAAUCAGCACUGGAAGUUGUCAACAAAGACCUUCUUCUGAACGUUCUCGAAAGUAAACGUCAUUACCUACCAUCUGACGAGGAACUGCGAGAUCAGGGUUACCGGAAGUCAGUCUGGGACGGCUACAAGCAUAGCGAGGUUCGUGAAUGCCUCAAAGAACGUGGCUGUCUCCAUAUUCUAUCACGUGACCUCCCCGAAAAAGUCCGCGUCAGACCACCUUCCCAAGAAUAUAUACAGAGAGAGAAUCUUCUUCGCUUCGUGAUGGAAGGGGCGGGGUAUGAGCGCUUCACUGGGAGGGCCUGUUCUGCUCACAACCCCAAAAGCAUCGUCCUCCAUAAGCACAACAGGUCUGUGCGAGCACGCACGGCUUUAGUUACAUCGAGGACUGGGCCAUCACGUGACCAUACAAGGCUUGAGACCCAGCCAUCCCUUCCUGAUGGAGCCAGAGUAAUGACAGGACCCGCGAAGGAGACUGGUAUGCCAGUUGUGGACAUCGGCGAUCGAAAGCUUUUGGAGAAUGUACAGGGAGACGUUCUUGAAGGACCGUCCGCUACAAACACCUUUGUCAGGAUGCUAGAGAAAAACGUUCCAAAAGGGAUCCUUCAGAAAAUUAUUGGCAGCAAAGGAGGUGAUAUGGACUUAAAUGCGCUGUCCAGGGCGACAGAAGACAGUCCAGAACUGGCCAGGAAGUUGAGACUUGCCUUGGAGAUUCAUCUUCAAGAUAAGCAAAGUGAUUUCACGAAAACUACGGUGCUGGUCACGAUGAAGACUGAAGAUAUUGUUCGCAAGGCCAAAGCCAUGGCAGACAAACAAAACUUUGUGAACACAGAGUCAGACGGAGUAGAGACAAAUCAAGAAUGGAAGACCUCUCUUCAUCAGGAAAACAAGGUCGCUAAAAUGCAUAUUGCUGGAGACAAGUUUCGAGCUGCCUUUCUGCGCAGGAAGAUGAACGCCUUGAGACGCAAAAGUACCGCAGCUCGAGCACAGAGACUGCACCAGACCGCUCUGCCAGGCCAAUUGCCCUCGGCAAAGACCAAAACCAGCGACAAACACUCGGAAUCUGCAGUUUUCUACCUAGACGAUAUUCAGAGAAAAUAUCAGGGACUGGAUCCAAGCUGUGCAAGGCAUAAGAUUAACGUCCUAGCUUACGAUGCCCUUUUUGUGUCUCGCCUUCAAUGCCGAAGCCGCUCUUUACAUGAUCUCCAGGACUUGCAGGAAGAGAAUGAGGCCAGACAAGUGAAAGGAAAUUUCCAUCACUGUUUAUCUGCAGAACUGAACUCUGACCCAGAGAUUCUGUUAACACGCCGACGAAGCUUUCAAGAGGUGUCAUUGCUUCCAUCAACAAAACACCAACUGCAUGUUGAGUCAACCAGGAAAGAUGCUCCUAUUAUUCUGAAAACUUCCUCUUUUCUUGGAACUAAAAGUGAUAGCACUGCAGUUUCAGCAAAAGUAUUUCCAAGACAACAGUCCUCAGAGACUAGUCCUUCAACAGAAAAUUUCACGACACCGAUGAGGACACAUUAUCCUAAAUUACAGCUGAACAGAUAGAUAAAAGUGCUUGAGGUGACAAAAUGAAUUUACAUCCAUGGCUCAGCUUCUUACCCCCACUUCUCCCACUCUUUCUCUCCCCACUGAAACAGGAAAGAUGCUGUUAUUAUUGUGCCUCUUUUCAUAUAUAAGUACUUAAUUACUUAAGUAACUAUAAGUACUUAAUGUUUCAGAUGUUAUUGAAAAUUAAAAUUGCAUGUUCUGUCAGUUUAUGUUUUGGGUGACAGACAACACCAGACCAUGAAUAAAUAUAGCUUCCUUUCAACCUUUCUCUCUCUCUCAAACAUACACACAAUCUCAUUUGAUAUUAACCAGUACAAAAAAUGAUAUAUUUUAGUAUUAAACAAAUAUGAAAUAUAUGAAAAGCUUACUUCUCAAUUCAAAAGAAUUUCUUUUAGGUCAACUAAUAAAUGGUGUCUCAUAACAAAAUUUAGGAUCUUUCUGUUCAUGCAUAACAUUCAGUAGACUGGAUGAACAGUAUGGAUGUUUUGUAAUGAACAUCUUAAUAUGUUAACAUGGUUACCAAAGACCAAAUCACAUAAAAUAGACUCACAACAUAAAUGUGUGAUACUGAAUGUAAUCCAAUUAUAAUUAAAAGUCUGAUAACCAAAUAAGAACUGCCUCACAUCCCAGUGAAAAAUGUUACCAAUAGAAUGACAAUGAAUAGAUGAAUAAAAACUUUUCCUACCCUGUA